GCGGCUGGGGAGCAGGCCGGGCCCGGCAGCAGUGCCAUCGCUUAGGCGGGUGUCGGGGGUCCCCCCGGCAAGAAGGGGCUGUAGCCAGCAGCAGUGAGGGAACCUGCCUGGGCAGAGGGACGAGGAGGCCAGCGCAGAGUGUGUGUUGGUGCUGCCACUGCGUCCGGUGCUCACCAGGUCGUCAAACUGUGCCGACAGUAUUCUUGGGGCUAUAACUUGCUUAUUUCACCAGACCUUUCUAGCUUUCUGGAGGCUGAAUGUGUUGGAUCUACCUGGUACUCCUGGAAAAAAAAAAUUGGCUAUGAAAUAACACGUUUAAAGCGUGGCCACAUUCCUCAGCUUUUUUUGGCUGCCUGGAUACCUACUGACCUGGAGGUCAAGCGUUCCAUAUUAAAAUGUCCACGCUGACCUUCCAUUAAAUUGUGGUUCCCCUCCAUUGUGUGAGCAGAGUUAAGAUUGUUGCUGCUGGGAGGAGGAGCUCCCAUCUCCCUUCCUCCUGCCUGUCUGCGUGGGACCUUUUUUUGGGCUGAUUCAACACAGCAGUCUGACAGAAGGCUGGUGAAAUUGCUCCUAGAAGGUUCUGACAAGGCCCCAGAGUCCUUGUGAGGGAAGGGAGAUGAGACCUCUCCUGUCUAACUCAGCUGCUUGUGGAAAUGCAGCCUGACUCGAUCAAGUUUUAUUUAGAAUACUUAAAUGCCAUUGCAGGAAACUUCAAGAGCUAUCUUUGUAUUCAUUUGAAGCUUGGUGAAGUGUUGGUUUUACUUUCAGCCUGCUGCUGGCCGAUAAACCCAACUUCUGUGCUGAGAAGCAUGCUAAAUGAAUUUCUUUGUGGAUUAUGGGAAAAAGCUACUGUGGUUGUUUUUGCGUUUAUGGUUUGAUUUGUUUUGCCAUUCUUUUCCUAGUGAUAAAACUGUGCAAGCUGCUCUUUCUGAUGGGUGACAUCUGCUGGGUUUGUACCCAGCGAGUUUAUGUAGCCCAGGUGAAGGAAGAAGCUGCUGUGCCUUUUGGUCUGUGUGCUACGAGUGGGGAGUUCCAGGGCCAUCCAAACUUGGAUCAGAAAUUACACUGAGAAAUUCCAAGUGGAGAAGCUGAAAUGUUGCUGUAGUUCCUCACACAAAUGCCAAGUUGCUAAUACAAAGGGAUGUUUCAGUCCACAGACAACUUACUCUCUGACAUUAAUGUCCUAAAGUUCAGCUGUCCCAACCAGUCCUACAAGUUUUCAGUGUCUUUGGUUUGAUGUUACUGGUGUUGUAAGAGGGGGGAAAAAAGCUCAUAGACUUGCCCAUUUCUUUUUUUAAAAUCUGAGGGUUUUAAUGAUGUCAUAUAAUGGCUUUGAAAUUCAGUUAUAUUUAUAAAGCAUAAUUAUUUAAUUGGAUAAGUGGGGUUGGAAUGCAACAGGACAGUUUUAUUUGGAACAUGAAACCUUUUUGUGUCUGUUUUUUAUAUUUUUAGGAGCAUGAAUGUCUUCAGUGUUUGUCCUGCAAUUUUGGUGGAACGUGUUAUAGUAAGCAUUUUCUGCAGUGGUUUGCAGUCCUCACUGUCAGGCAUGCAAAGCUGCUUUUCCAGCUACCUAAGAAAGAAGGAAAAUCCUCCCUGGUAAAGGAGACAGACCAGAGCAAAUAUUUUCUGCGCUGACAUGAUGGAGCUCCUAGAGGAAGAUCUCACCUGUCCCAUUUGCUGUAGCCUGUUUGAUGAUCCUCGUGUCCUGCCCUGUUCGCACAAUUUCUGCAGAAAGUGUCUGGAAGGAAUUCUUGAGGGAAAUGUGCGGAAUGUGCUUUGGAGGCCGUCCCCUUUCAAGUGCCCCACGUGCAGGAAGGAAACUCCCGUUACUGGAGUCAACAGCUUGCAAGUCAACUAUUCCCUGAAAGGUAUUGUGGAGAAGUAUAACAAAAUCAAAGUAACUCCGAAAAUGCCUGUGUGCAAAGUGCACAGCGGGCAACCCCUUAACAUUUUUUGCCGGACAGACAUGCAGCUGAUCUGUGGGGUUUGUGCCACCCGUGGUGACCAUACAAAGCACGUUUUCUGUUCUAUUGAAGAAGCUUAUUCCCAGGAGAAGCGAGCUUUUGAAACCCUGUUUCAGGGCUUUGAAACUUGGCGUUGUGGUGAUGCCCUCUCACGGCUGGAUACCUUGGAAACCAGUAAGAGGAAAGCUCUGCAGAUGCUCACCAAAGAUUCUGACAAAGUGAAGGAGUUCUUUGAGAAGCUGCAGCACACCCUGGAGCAGAAACGAAAUGAGAUUCUCUCUGACUUUGAGACCAUGAAGCUUGCAGUGAUGCAGGCCUAUGAUCCGGAAAUCAAUAAACUGAACACAAUUUUGCAAGAGCAACGGAUGGCUUUUAACAUUGCAGAGGCCUUCAAAGAUGUGUCUGAACCCAUUAUAUUUCUGCAACAGAUGCAGGAGUUCAGGGAAAAAAUCAAGGUGCUCAAAGAAACCCCUUUACCUUGUUCCAGUGUGGACAUCAGCCCUACAAUGAAGAGCUUUGAUACCAGCCAGUGGAAUGGAAUAAAACUAGUUGAUGUGGACAAACUUUCCUUGCCUCAGGAAAACACCACUCUUAAGUUCAAGAUUCCCUCAGUCUUUUCACGCAGAUUUAUAGUGAACUCUCUUAUUUGCUUGCUUAUUCUUGCUGUCACCAGAAUGUCCUUUGUGGAGUCAGUCGUUGACAAUCUCCAGUGCUGGAAAUCUCAAUUCUUUACAAUUAGCUUGUCCUAUUUGGCAGAUACAGUGGAGAUAGCAGAUCAUGCAGUCUUUUACUGGGAACAGAUGACAGAUGGAGCUUCACUUCUAAGAGAAAAGUGUAAAAACUAUACGUUGGUUGUACUGGAUAAUGUUGCACAGUUUGUGUGCAAGUAUAAACUGUUGUGAAGUCCCUGCUGAAAUAUAAGAACUAAGAGUGAUCUGGUGA